AUGACAUCAUCUCGAUUCUCCAACAUAGGCGAUAGAUGUACUUCUGCAACAGAGCAGAGACGCCGCGACGAGGAGAACUAUUGCAUAAUAUGCAUGGACUGUUUUCAGAAAAAGAUAACUUUAAGAUGUUCUCACUCAUUCUGUUCAAGUUGUAUUGACUCGGUUUUCCAAAUUAAGCCCGCAUGUCCGGUAUGUAAUACUUUUCACGGGACCUACGAAGGAACGCAGCCCCGGGACGGGAUCAUGACAGUGAGACGCAACUGGCAGUGUUUACCUGGCUAUGAGGAGGGGAAUGGACAUAUCGCGAUUGAUUAUCACUUUACAGCCGGAGUACAAGGGGUGAGAUUUAUUGUAGCCUAUAUUUACUUUAUAUGUGACGCAGAUGGGCAUAUAUUUUAUCACAGAAUUGAAAGUGUCAAUCGACAUUGUGCCACUAUUGACUUGAAGAUGAAAGGGCGAUAUGUAUAGUCGGAGAGUAGGCAGAGAUUCAUCAUAUUGUUCUUGAAAGCCCUUAUAUGGAAGUAUUGAUGAAUUGCUUUGGCAUUACAGCCCUGCUGGUGAUGUCAUGCCAGACAGAUUAGCUGCUGACUUCUUUAUCACCUAAGGUUGAGUUUGAUCCUCCAUGAGUCCCUAAUUAUAAGUAGUAGGCUUCAUCUUACCACCACCAGUCAGUUAUUUGAAAUAACAUGAUUAGGCCUACAGCCAGAGGAGAAGACUCCGCUCCACUUUUGAGUCUGGUUCCUUUUAGGGAGUUUUUCCUUGCCACUGUGGAAAAGGGUUUUAUUGACACAGUUGAUUGAUUGAUAUUCCUCUUUCUCUCCACAUCCCUCCAGCCUGAGCAUCCGAACCCGGGUGAGAAGUACUCCAGCACGUCCAGGACAGCCUUUCUGCCAGCCUGUGAGGAGGGAGAGAAAGUACUGAGGCUGCUCCAGACAGCCUUCCACAGGAGGCUCAUCUUCACCAUCGGGACAUCAGCCACCACCGGCCUCAACAACUCCAUCACAUGGAACGACAUACACCACAAGACCAACAUUGGGGGAGGACCACAGUUGUAAGUACUGUGCUCCCGUGUAGCUCAGUUGGUAGAGCAUGGCGUUUGCAACGCCAGGGUUGUGGGUUCGUUUCCCACGGGGGACCAGUAUGAAAAAGAAAUGUAUGCACUCACUAACUGUAAGUCGCUCUGGAUAGGAGCGUCUGCUAAAUGACUAAAAUGUAAAUGUAAGUAGGCCCAUCUAUCCUAGUCUGAGGAAAUAGAAUAAGAAUACUCACACACUGUUUGAAUGCUCUCGAAGUUUCAUUGUAACAUCUCUAUGGUUGAUGAAGACCCAUAUCAGUGAUUGACAGUGUUAUAACAGUGUUAUUGAAAUUCGAGAGCGUUCAAACAUUGGCAUGUUUUUGAAAUGGUAGAUCAAUGUGACACUGAAGCUGUUGUGUCUCUCUCUUUUCUCUUUGUUAGUUUUGGGUAUCCAGACCCGGGCUACCUCUCCAGGGUCCAGGAGGAGCUUCGUCUGAAGGGAGUGACAGAGGAGAGCUGA